UGGUUAUUUGGAAGAUAUUUCAGAGGCCGAAACAUUUUAAUAGUCUCUUUUUGUAGGCCGUUUGAUUCGCCCAUUAUGUAAUUUACUGUACCUUGACACCAAUCUGCCCGCCAGUGAUUUAUGAUAACAAACCUUCACACCAGCAGUGAGUUACUACAGGACUAUCUAUUGGCUUUUGCGUGAAGUUUCCAGCAUGUCGGUUAAAGGGGAACCUAUUCAGAUUGUAAAGGCUACAGAUAACCAUACAUUUGAACUAGAUGAAGAACGUCUUGAGGAGGUUCUGCUACGUCCAGAUGUUCGAAACAAAAAAGUUGCUGUUGUAUCAGUUGCCGGAGCAUUCCGAAAAGGAAAAUCAUUUCUUCUAGACUUCUUUCUUCGUUAUCUUAAUACAGGGGGUGCCUCUGAUUGGUUGGGAAGUGAUGAUGAACCUCUUGAAGGGUUCACUUGGCGAGGAGGCUCAGAAAGGGACACAACUGGAAUUUUGCUCUGGAGUGAACCUUUCUUUUGUAGAACACAGUCUGGGGAAGAGGUUGUGAUUCUGCUAAUGGAUACCCAGGGUGCAUUUGAUAGUGAGUCUACUGUUAGAGACUGUGCGACUAUCUUUGCCCUUAGCACUAUGGUCAGUUCUAUCCAGGUUUACAACCUUUCUCAGAACAUUCAAGAAGAUGAUCUUCAGCAUCUGCAGCUGUUCACAGAAUAUGGACGCCUUGCUCUUGAAGACAACGAUAACAUUUCCAAGCCUUUCCAGGUAUUGCAGUUCCUUGUUCGAGACUGGAGUUUCCCGUAUGAAGCCGAAUAUGGCAUGUCAGGUGGUCGCAAGAUUUUGAACAAGAGACUGCAGAUGUCGGAUAAACAGCAUCACGAGUUACAGCAGAUCCGGCGACAUAUCAGCUCCUGUUUCGAUAGUAUUAGUUGCUUCCUCAUGCCUCAUCCUGGCCUGCGUGUAGCCACAAAUCCACAUUUUGAUGGUCGACUUAAAGAUAUAGAGCCAGACUUCAAGGAGCAGUUGCAAGUCUUGAUACCAUUUCUUCUAGCAAGAGAGAAUAUCGUCCUAAAAGAAAUCAAUGGAACACAGAUCACAUGUCAGGAGCUGGUAGAGUACUUCAAGGCUUAUAUAAAAAUUUAUCAGGGUGAAGAACUUCCGGAACCCAAAACAAUGCUGCAGGCAACAGCAGAGGCUAACAACUUGGCAGCCGUGGCCAAUUCAAAGAAUCUGUAUACUAAGAACAUGGAGGAGAUAUGUGGAGGAGAAAAGCCCUAUAUUCAUCCUGAACUUCUUGAACAUGAACAUUUGAAGUGCAUGGAACAAGCCAUCAACCUUUUCCACAGUACCCGCAAGAUGGGAGGUCCAGAGUUCAGCAGACAUUAUGAAGAGCAACUACAGGCAGAAAUCGCCACCUUGUAUGAGAACUACCAGAAGCACAAUAAUGGCAAGAACCUGUUCUCUGCUGCCCGUACACCAGCAGUGCUGUUCACAAUGACUGUGGCCUUUUAUGUGAUGGCUUCUCUUUUUGGAUUGAUUGGAGUCGAGUCCCUGGCUAAUCUUGCCAACCUAGUGAUGGUGAUCUUCCUAGUGUUGAUGCUGACAUGGUUCUAUGUGCGGUACAGUGGAGAGUACCGCAGCUUGGCUGCCCAUAUUGAUCAGCUUGCCGAUGCACUUUGGGAUAAUGUUUUAUCCUCCAUCUAUGCAAAGCUUGCAGAACAGGGUGUGAAGCAUGCUUUGCAACAGCAGCAAUUAAAAGCCAAGCGGAACUGAUGUGUAGGCCCCUGUGAUAGCCCACCAUGCAUGGCUUCAGAAGCACAGACUCUUUUCCCCAGCAGCGUUAGGUUUGUGGUGAUUUGGUAAUCAAACAAGACCAAUAGUAAAUUCCAGUGUGAAGACUGUGAGUUGAAAUUCAUGCUUCUCAUGAGUGUCCUCUCCAUUUGUGCUUUCCAUCAGCCUUCUUAAGCAUCCUAUGAGGAGGCAUGUUUGUUUGGAGCAGUUGAUGCAUGUAAAAAACAGUAGUGUGCAUGUGUGCUGAAGAGCAGUGUGUGUACAAACAAUGGAGAUAAAUUUUUUACAGGACAUGUAUUUAUUUUAAAGUCUUAUUAAAAUGUCUUAAACUAUCUUCCAGUUUAAGUCUUUCCAUUUUCCAAUGUAUCUGACUUUAACUUAUAAUUGAAGAAUCUAUUUAGGUGAUGUUCCUUGCACAUUGAUGUCUUAAAAGUAGUUGAAACAACUGGCUUUUGUUUCAGUGCAGAAUUUGUCUUUUUGAUUGUAUCUAUUUUGAACUUUUUCAAAAUUUAUCCUUCUGUUCCUCUAAAAUUAUACUAGCUCUAUUCAUUGCUCGUAAGAGAUGAUGUCACAUCUGAUUGAAUGGUGUUUUCAUGAACAUGAGUUUCAACUCACAACUGUUUCUUUAGGGCACAACAUUUUACUGUGCAUGUAGCACUCCCAACCAUACUAAAACCUCAGGUGGACUGUUGGAGAUUCCAUAAUUCCAAGUUUGUGGUACGCGCUUUCCCAGAGAAUAAAUGUUCUGAAUGCAGAAGUUUUCUUGAUUGAAAAGGGUUUCUUUUGUUUGUUUGUUUGUUUAAUAGCAGUUAAUUGAAGCAAGCAUGAUGGAAUAGAUAUUGUCUGGACUGGUUUGGUUUUGAUGGUCGGUAAGAGGAGUGUGUUGUAUGUGUGGCCAUCACACUGCAAUGGGUCUAGGACAAAAGUAUGAUGAGCUGCAUACAUUUGUAACCCUUUUUUGAUGUAUAUCUGUUUAAAUAGUUUUUUUAGAAAGUGUGUACCAUGUUUUGUUUUUGCGUUUUCAUGCUUUCACCCUUGUUCAACAUGAGUGACAGCAUGACUUUUUUUUUUUUUUUGCGUUGUCCAAAAAUUCUCAGGAUGCUUUUGGGGUUAGUUUCAAACUGAAAAUUAAUAGAAAUUGGAAUUUACAGAUUUUGUGUGCAUUGUUUUCAUCAAUUAUUGAAACUACAAACUUCUCAAGGCAGACUUUUGGUUUGUUUUAUUAGUCACUCAUAUUCAGAAACUAUGCCAGGCUGCAUUUCCUCCUUCAGUCAUUAAUGGCUGAUGUUUUGAGCCUCAUAAUACAAUACUCAUGCUUUUCCGAGAGAUGAAGAGUGUCCCUGUUUUUGUAGAGAAAUUAAGAUUCAAUGUAGGUGGCAUCACUAAUUCUUGAUUCUGUCAAAACAACCAUGUGAUAUUCAAAAAUAUUUAGCUGGGACAAAGGUGCCUUAAGAAUUAUUUUCCCAUUAAGAGGAUUUUUUGGGGGGCGCAUGUAUCGGUGUGUUUUUAAUCCCCAAAUCUAGUUAAAGAGACUUUCUUAGUCAUUAAGGAGUUGCUGUAACCUUGAAGUUGCUGUAAUGAAACUUAUCAUUUUGUGCUUUUGUCCCUAGGUCAUUAAAUUUAUAUAAAUAUGGUAAUUACUUUAAUGAAGAGGUCUCUGAUAUACUUUACAUACUUUGUUUAUGUAGGUCUUUUAAAAUGUCUUUAAUCUUACUCAGGGAAGCAUGAGUUUGGUUUCAUCUCUACUUUUUGACACUUUUAGCUUAGGAAAUCUUUGUCAUUAAUACACAUUUUGUGAAAUGAUUAAACAAGCUAAUUCCCUGGCAACAUUAAAAAUUUGAGGUAAAAUAUUUUCUUAGUCUUUUGUCAUUUUUGCAUUAAGACAGAUAUUCAAAUUUAGUAAAUGGCUUUGGUGAUGUUAUUGUAACUCUGAACACUGUGGAAAAUUAGAAAUUGCAACUGUUUUGUACUCUUCUUCUUUCCCCACCCCCUUUCAAGCAAGCUGUUCAGAUGCAUAAUGAAGAAAAUAAAUAUGUCAGCCAAGAUGGAGCUUUGUUCCACAGUUAGACAUCCAAAACAUCCAAAGGCAAAUAUUUUGAAAUGGUUUUAUAUUGGCAUUUGCAAAAUCUUCACAAUGAUUAUGUUACAAGGUCAUCCAUUCCAUGUACAGUUGUAAAGUGGCCUCUGUAGAAAAUUGUGAAGCCAACAUAUUUCUUUUAAUCCAAACACAUUUUUAGGCAGUUCUUGGAGAUAAAGUUAUAAAGUGAAAUAAUUUUUGGACUUAUAGUUCCCUAUAUAUUCACCCUCUGCUUUGCAGGAGUAAGCUGACAUUGAGACUUGGGGAGAGGGGAUGCUCUUUGUCAGAGGAGCUUGUAGGUUUUGAGGUUUGCAUGUCAGUGAGUCAAACUUUCCCUCUGUCCUUGCAGCAAGAAACAAGUUCCUGAUUGUUCAAGAAAAGUUAAAGAUAGCAGAAGUAGAUGGCAGGGUUUCAUCUUCCACAUAUCAUGCCCUGGAGAUGAUGCAUUUCUUGCUGUGUACUACCCCAAAAGUCACUUGGCCAUGUGGCAUUCAUCUUCUGUUUUUUUUUUAAUACCUGUAGUUGGUCUUUAAAUAAUUGGAUUUAGUGGUAAGUAUCAUGAGCAGAGUGCCAUGGACAGGUAUGUGUUGAUAUAAAAUAUAGACACGUAAACUUGUUUGUCUCGAGACAGUCCAAUAAGGAUCACCUGCAGAACUCCACAGUUAACUUUUUCACCUAAACCAUCCAUGUUCUUAAAGUCUCUGAUGUACCCAGUUUCAUACUUGCAAUUGUGCAGCUAGCUGUUAAAGAUUCUGUGUUUUUGAUAGUUUUGUACUCAGUAGUGUCCUGUACAUGAUGGUUUUUCAUUUGUGAAAGUUUGUACAGCUUGCAUGUUUUGAAGGCUGUGUGCCAUUUAAGCUGAACAUGGCUGAUUAAGCAAUUAUAAUAUGUGCCUCUAUGUUAAUGGCUGUAAAAUUUUAUCAAAUGCAGUUUGUGUAUUUUUCAUGAUAACACUGACUGUCCAAGAAGUUUGAAGAUGUGUUCAGCAGUUGUGUUACUGUGCGUUCUUUUAUUAACAUACAAAAGUGUAAAGUUUAUGUCUCUGUUCUUGAAAAACACACACACACAGAGGAAAGUUUUUGACAACUUUGUUGCAUUUUGUUGAGUGCAUGUGCUUGAGAAACAGCAGAUAAAUGGUAGACCAUUUUGCCUCUAAUGAUCAGUGGCCAUGGUGAGUGUAAUGCACUGUAAAGCAGAGACUACUUGUGUUAAAAUUCUAGUCAUGAUAAAAUGAGAUCGUGAACAAGUUUCUGUGUUUGUACAUGAUUCAUUACACUUCCACUCCCUACUUGAUUAGGAUACUGGAUUUAACGUAAUCUAUCAAGAAGAGGCACUGAUGCCAACUUCUAAGGAGUUAAUUCAUGUGAUCAUUUGUGCAUGUUACUUUAAAGAUUUGUUGCUACAGAGUCCCAUUGCCGCACAGCUGUAGGAGUCGGGGAAAGCUUUUAAGAUUACUACAGUAUCUUAGCAGUCCCGACAAAACAUUGCUUUGGUAGGCACUUUCACAGGUAGCAUCAGCAAGUGGAGGAUUGUUUUUCUUGUGGGUGGGGAUUGUCUGUUGAUUUUAUGUCACAGAGGUAGAAAUUUUUGUUUUCAUGAUAUGGUUUAAUUUUAGUCUUCUUGCUUGACAUUCAUUUACAUUGCUGACUAGAUUGAAUGUUUAACAAGCAGUGUGCAGGGAAUGAUAUUACUCAUUACCUCACAGCAUUCGUUACUUUUGUGCCUGCAAAUCAUUGACAUGCGAUUUUCUCUCUCUCUCUCACUCAUUCUCUAUAUGUAUUGUUAUAUCAUCAUGUAGGAAUCAACUAUACAAGGAUUGCCUGCCUCUUUUGUUUUUCAAUUUUCUUUAUAAAGCUUGUUUUCUCAUUAACCUUAUUGCUUCUCUGCACCUGUUUCGGUUUGGUGCAUUUGUAAAAAUUGUUUCAGUAAAAUUAAAAAUGUUAAUGCACCCAGUCAUGAUGAUCACUACCAUUUGUUUUUGUGGGCAAUGUGCUGUCAUGCCAGCUAGACCAUGUCUGUAUUGGCAGGGAGGGGGUUUAGUUUCCUUAAUGUUAUGAAUACAUCUAAAGGCAGGUGAUGGUAGAAUACACUCGCUCACUAAAUCAGAUAUUGACAGAGUAGGUUCCUUAGCUGUGCUGACGAAAAUGCCAAACACUUUAAAGUACUACAUCAACCCUUCCUAGACACUUGUCCAUGAAGAAGCAAUUGCACUGCUCACUGCUGAGUAGCUUUAGUCCCCUCUGAUGGGAAAAUUGGGAAAUGAUUGUACUAUCUGUUCCUGAUUGAACUCUUAUAGUCUUGAUCUUUGUCACUAGUUCUCCUUACACUAUUUGACUGUUUCUUUUAUCUGGUUUAAACACAUAGCCGGCUUCAUUGGCAUGUGCAUGGCCUCAUUGGCUUCAUGCAGGUAAACUUCUGUGAUAAGAAACACAUCAUGUUGCUGUUGGACCCUUGAGGGAGGAAAAUGAAGUGUUUUGCAUUCCAGUGCUUCCUAGAACUAAACUUGUAAAGAUCUUUCUUGCAUGAUAAACAUGGACUUGACAUGUGUCAGCAUGUAAAUAUUUUACUACUUACUAGCCAUUGCAGUCUUCUUGUUCUCAUUGAGGUUUUGUCUUGGCAGUUGUCCAUGGCGCUCAGUUUUUUGUCUGCAAUGUUGCUUGUGUGUUAAAAAAACUCCAACAAAACUGCAGGAGUCCAGAAAAAUAACAACAGUAGUUACUGUAGUUCUUCAUGGAAUUUCUGCACCUCUUGUGGACAUUGUAUCUCUUGGCUCUUAGUUAAUAUGCUGUUGACCAGGAUGUGAGUCAUUUGUCUGACCAUGGGCACUGAAAAGGAGUGACCCAAAUAGUGUUUAUAUAUAUAUACACUACUGGGAUCAUUUUCAUGAUCCUGUGUAUAUGGUUCAGGCUGUAUUGUGUCUUGCUUGCUUUCUUUGUGUGCCUUUUUGUUGCUAUCUCAUAUAACGUACUGUUAGCUGCCUCUUGUAAUAGGUAAAACCUGUAAGAGGGGAGGGUUGGUCCACUGAUCUGCCAUUCUCCAUGCCUUUGCUGUAUGCACUCUGUACACUGAUCCAACACCUACAGAGUAGAUAGCCCUUGGAAGCUGAGGCUGUGCAUAUACAUACUGAGGUAUUGAUGAUUAAUGUCUUCAUGAAAUCCAUCAUUUCCAAGGUAUUAGUCAUUAGCGUUACACUACAGCUUAAUUUCAUCACAGGUUUUCUGUUAUAAUGUGGUCACUGGGUUGCAGCAUUCCUCUAAAUCUAUAGUAAAUGUCUGUUUAUUUUCCUGAUGGUCUUUACUUCAAUACCCUAUGUCUUUGGUUUAAGAAGGGAUGGGUGAACAAGCAGUCCUGUGACAGGUAAUGAAUGUGGAGAUGGUGUGGCAGUGAAGAUGCAUGCAUAUCUAAAGCUGCAACAGUGUAUGUCACAAAGAUCUCAGCUUUUUUGCCUGCAGUGUAGAGCUUUUGUUCCAACAAAAUUUCUUGAUAUUGUCACGUGCUUAUAUUUGUGUUAAUGUUUUUAUUUUUGUGAAAUGUGUGUUAAAAUGAUGUACAGAUUUUAGCUUUAAUUGUUGUUCCCUUCUUUCAUUGGCUUUUUUCCUCAGAUUUAAAAUUGGUUUCCUUUGGACCUUAUGGGGAUGUGGCUUCUUUAGUGUCCAUUAUUUUCCUCCAUAAAGUAUUGUGUCUGAAGUCUUUUUGGUCAAGGUUUGGUUUGCUUUAUUAUUAUUAUUAUUAAGUCAUUUGAAUAUCAUUGUUUUGCAACAGAAAAAGUACUAAAAUUGAUACACUGUAGCAAAAUAAAUGGCUAACUGGUACAUAGUAAAAAGUCUAAACAGCAAAACAGGUUUUAAUCAAUGGUUCUAAGGUGGAGUGUGGGGGAAUAGAGCUUUCUGAACUCCCUGUAUCCUCUCAAACAUGAAUGUUGACAUUUUUCACUAAGUUUCAAGUACUUAUUUGUUGUCACUAGGUGAUGCAGCAGAUAUGUCAGAUGUUUGUAAACAGGUCAGGCUGUUAUGUCAAAGUUAUGACAACUGGUGAAACAUAGUUUGUAAAGUGCUGUUGGAGUAGGAUCACAGAGUUGCGAUUCUUAUCCACUUUUAUCUAAAUGCAAAAUUUAAUAUCUUUGUUUAAAAAAAACAAACACCAGAAACUACUUAAUGUGAUGCAGUCAUUUUACUGCUUACAAAGUGCAUAUACAUAUGCAUGGACACAAACACACUUAUAAACACUUUCUCUUAAUUUUACAUUGUCAACUGUAGGUACCUCUCAGAGAGAAGUUCCAUCUAAUUUAAAAAUACUUUGUUUCUGGUUUGAGAACAUGCAUUUGAAAAUAUUUGUUUUGUUUUUUCAUCUAACAAGUGGCUUUGUACGUCAUGCAUUUUACAUCUUUAAUUUGUUUUUCAGUUUUCAGCAAGUCUGUUGCUAGAAAUAGCUCUGAAAGAGUUUGAAAGUGUAAUUGGCUACAAGAGUUAACCGGCACUUAUUAAUAUCCCUUCGUUACAGCAUAGAGAUACUCAGUGUUGUUCUGAGCUAAAAUGGUUACUUUUGAGAGUUAGCUUUUGACCAUCAGCAUUCUCACAUUCAUAGUGUUAAAUCUGUAACUACAUAAUUAUUUUGAUUUGCAUUAUACUAUUUUAAGAUUUUUACAGAACAUUUUUUUUGUAGCUUAUUAAUAGAGCAGUCAAGGAGCUGUGAAGCUUUGGCAAAGAUGUCUAUCAAAGACAUUGCUAGAAGAACAGUCUCUUAUAUAUGUGGUGCUGUAAAGUAAAUAUCUGCUUUUGUAAAAUUAAGUGUUUGGUUUUUUUUUUUUUAACAAUAAAAUACAUAUCUAAAACAUGUCCAGUGUAUAGGCAUAACAUGCUUAGCCUUGGUUUUUACUUAAAAUCAAAAUAGAUAAUUAGAUGUUAGUUUAUUGUCCUAAAAUGUAAUUUAUUUGCCUAAAAAGAUGCAGGUUUCAUCUUCAGAAGGGGCUCGAGAAGUGGAUGGCUUGCUUGGUUAAGCAUGAACAGAGUACUUAACUGUGUUCAGUCUUGUGAUGAUUCAAAGGCAAGUCUUAAACCAGGUUGUGAUGUGACCCACUGCAUGCUUCCUUCAUAUGCCGGUGUAAUUUCUCAGUUAACAAACAUGACAACACUUCAGCUUAUUUGUGUCGUCUAUACAUCCUUUUAUACUUGUGCUGUACCCAUGUGCAUGACCUCAUGAACUGUCCAUCAAUCUUUUCUAUGUACACAAUAUUUACAAAUUGCCCCAUUAUGUUGUGGGGCAGGUCUUGGGCAAGAGAAAGACAUUGAAAGUGUGAAUUUAGUCUUCUUAAUGAUAAUGGUGCCAUCACCUUGUAUAGGUGGGGUCAUCUACACAACAUGAUAAUUGCAAAUUAUGUGAUGCUUCUGUCCCAAAUUUUCUGUUUGUAGAAGCAACAAUGUCUUCUUUGGACACCUUGUACACAUGAACAAUUGCUGUUUAGUUCACCUGCGACUUUCUAAAGGCAAUGGCAACAGAUUUGAGUUCAUGCACGCAACUAAAAAUGCAACUUUCUUUCUCUCUGUCUCUCUCAGGACAAGGUGCAGGCAUGUCUCUGCGAAGCUGUUUCUCUUCUGUAUCACAUGGAAGUACGUUACUUAAAUGUGUGCUUCUUUGGCAAAGCAAGCAGCAUACUGUCCUAUGAACUAUGCAAGCUUUGUGCAGAUAAUGCUUACACUUGUCAGCUGUGAGAGAUGAAACCGCUGUAAGAUGGGGCUGGGUGCUCGUACAGUGUUGUAUUCCAACAUGGUUUUAUGUCCAUGUAGUUUUCCCCAACAACAUUCUGUGAAAUAAAUUCAACUAUUUUAUCAGGA